AUGUCAAGCAACAGCCAACUAUUUGUCAACGAUCCUUCAUCCACGUGCAACAACAACAACAACAACAACAACACGACCUACACCACUUCUUCCGUCCCAGUCAUUGAACAAGCUUGUGAUUCGUGUCGAAAACGUAAACUCAAGUGCUCAAAAGAAUACCCACGUUGUUCCAAAUGUAUCCAACAUAAAUGGUGUUGUUCAUAUUCACCAAGGACAGUUAGACUGCCUUUAACUAGGGCUCAUUUAACUGAUGUUGAAACAAAAUUGAGUAAAAUGGAGGAUAUUUUCCAUCAUUUAUUACCGAAUUAUGACUUGGAUGACAUUUUAAACAAUUUUAGCAAUUUUGAAGAACGAUUGAAACCAGUAAAAGAUAAAUUAAGUGAUGGUGAAGAAAAUGGGAUAAACGAGGGGAACAACUUGAAUUAUCCAUUGUCACAACAUAAUACUGAAGUUGACCAACAGCCCUUACCACAAGCUAUAAAGAGAGAGAUUGACAAUUUCAACCUACAACAACCAUCACAGCAAGCUCCUCCUCAACAUGCUUUCCCACCAUCAGCACCUGCUCCAACCCCAACAGCACAACAUAGUAUGUCAAUACCUAGAAAACGUUCUUCUUGCUAUGGAUUUGCAACUCAACCUCACUCCCUAGCUCAAUCACCAAUUUACGAAGAUGACUUGUUUUCAACAUUCCCACUCCAACAAUCGAAAUCACACCCAGUUGAAUCACAAUUUGAGUUCCCCAUUGAUAAAUCUAAAAUAAAACAAGAGAUUAUUGAUGAUUUCCUUUUGAAUAACAUCCCAACUUCUUCAAGCAACAAUUCUAUCCCAAACUCAUUAUUCAAUAGAAGUACUACUAAAUUGAAUAACUAUAAUCAUUCAAGGAAAUUUAAUAAUGACUUGUCAUCUUUCUUGACCACAACUGAAAAUAGUUUAUUGACAUCCCCAUCAUCAAUACUAAGUCUAAACUCAAUGAAUAAUGAUGAUAUUGAUCCGGUUCCAAAGAAUAAAAAAGUUAAAGUUGAGGACAAUGAAUUUUAUGGACAAGAGGUGAAUAUCAUGCCAAUGGAUAACAACAAUGCUAAUUGGCUCUCGCUUGAUUUUUAG